GCGUUCCUAGCGGCAGUUCUCGAAAGUACGUUCACUCGAUAGAACGACUGUCGUCUGGUGCACGACGAGAGCUUCAAGCAAUAUGGCGAAGUGUGUCAUGGGCUCGGUGAGACGUAGUGUCGUUUGAAAAGAUGAAAGGUUCGCGGUAUGGGUUGAGAAUAAUGUAGCGCUAUGAAGAUCGUGUGAAUAUUCUAUUUGUGUAUAAAAAAGCAUCGAGCAGUUCCUUGUGAUCGGGAUAUACAGUGCGCGUUACCGGUGUGAAAUCAUGGCUACGGAUAAAAUAAAGGUUGCCGUACGGGUUCGGCCGUUCAAUCGCAGAGAGCUGGAACUCGGUACACAAUGCGUCGUCGAAAUGUCCGGACAGCAGACCAUCUUGCAGCAUCCCACCACGAUGGACAAAAUCGAACGGAGCAAACCAAAAACAUUCGCGUUCGACCAUUGUUUUCACUCCUUGGACCCGAGCGCGGAGAAUUUCGCGAGUCAAGAGGUGGUGUUCGACGCUCUCGGCCGCGACAUUUUGGACAAUGCGUUCCAGGGUUACAACGCCUGCAUUUUCGCUUAUGGACAAACCGGGUCCGGGAAAUCGUACACGAUGAUGGGAAGCGGCGAGAACAAAGGUAUAAUACCGCGGCUGUGCGACAACCUAUUCGACAUGAUCGCGAAACAGCAGAGCUCGGAGCUCACCUACAAGGUGGAGGUCUCUUACAUGGAGAUCUACAACGAGAAGGUGCACGACCUGCUCGAUCCGAAGCCGAACAAACAGUCGCUGAAAGUCAGGGAGCACAAUGUCCUGGGGCCCUACGUCGACGGGCUCAGUCAACUCGCCGUGACGUCACUCCAGGAUAUUGACAAUCUGAUGGCCGAGGGCAACAAAUCGCGAACGGUGGCGGCGACGAACAUGAACUCGGAGAGCUCCCGUUCGCACGCAGUGUUCUCCGUGAUUCUCACGCAGACGUUGACGGACGCGAAAAGCGGCGUCAGCGGGGAGAAAGUCUCCCGAAUGAGCUUAGUGGACUUAGCAGGGAGCGAAAGGGCUGUGAAAACUGGGGCGGUGGGCGAUAGGCUUAAAGAAGGAAGCAAUAUAAACAAAUCCCUAACGACGUUGGGUCUAGUCAUUUCGAAGCUGGCGGAUCAGAAUUCCGGAAGCAAUAAGAAUAAGGACAAGUUCGUGCCGUACAGAGACUCUGUUUUAACGUGGCUACUGAAGGAUAACCUUGGCGGGAACAGUAAAACUGUAAUGGUGGCCACUAUAUCUCCCGCGGCGGACAAUUACGAGGAAACGCUUUCCACCCUCCGAUACGCGGACAGAGCGAAGAGGAUCGUUAAUCACGCGGUGGUCAACGAGGAUCCGAACGCAAGAAUUAUUCGGGAGCUGAGGCAGGAGGUGGAAACGCUGAAGGAGAUGCUGCUGCACGCGACCGUACAAGGAUCGGUAGUGGGCCAACAACGCACAGACAUAACGGAGAAGCUGUCGGAAUCGGAACGGCUGAUGAAGGUGAUGUCGCAGACGUGGGAGGAGAAGCUGGUGGAAACCGAGAGGCUGCAGCACGAGAGGCAACAGUCAUUGGAGAAAAUGGGUAUCAGCGUGCAAGCUUCCGGUAUCCAAGUCGAGAAGAACAAAUACUACCUUGUCAAUCUUAACGACGAUCCCAGCUUGAACGAGUUAUUAGUCUAUUACCUGAAGGAAAGGACACUGGUGGGCGGUCGUUCAGCGAAAACGGACCAGGACAUUCAGCUUCACGGUUUGGGUAUCCUGCCUGAGCAUUGUGUGAUCACGAUAGAGGAGACCGGCCUGUACAUGACGCCGUUGAACGGCGCCAGGUGUUUCGUGAACGGCACGCAGGUCGUCGAAAAAACGCCGCUGCUGCACGGCGACAGGAUCGUCUGGGGAAAUCAUCAUUUCUUCCGGGUGAACUGUCCCAGAAGCGCAACAGCGAUCAACAGCGAGCCACAGACACCCGCGCAGAAUAUUGAUUACAAUUUCGCGAGGGAAGAGCUGAUGCUUAAGGAGCUGUCAAAUGACCCGAUACAGAGGGCCAUCGCGAGACUAGAAAAGCAACAUGAAGAGGAUAAACAGGUCGCGCUGGAGAAGCAAAGGCAAGAAUACGAGCGCCAGUUCCAGCAGCUGCGCAACACUCUAUCGCCAUCGACGCCAUAUUCACCUUACGUACCCUAUGACCCGCUGAGAGGAAGUCAAAGCGGUAAAUUGCCAGCCUGCACGCCGACCACGCAAAUGCGCGUCGAGAAAUGGGCGCAGGAGAGGGAUGAGAUGUUCAAGAGGAGCUUAGGUCAAUUAAAGGCGGACAUCUUGAAGGCAAACUCUCUGGUGCAGGAAGCGAACUUCCUGGCGGAAGAAAUGGGGAAGCAGACGAAAUUUAGCGUCACCCUGCAGAUACCGCCCAAUAAUUUGAGUCCGAAUAGAAAGAGUGUAUUUUUCCAGCGGGGCGCGUUCGUCAGCGAACCCGCGAUCUUAGUUAAAAGGACGAACACGGGUAGCCAGGUGUGGUCAAUGGAGAAACUAGGGAACAAAUUGGUCGAUAUGCGAGAGAUGUACGAGGACUGGAAGGAUCCUAACAACUUCCAACGAUUGCCUGCCAUGAAGGACGAGGUACCAGGAAAGACGCAAGACCCAUUCUUCGAGUCGCAAGAGAACCACAAUCUGAUCGGAGUGGCGAACGUGUUCUUAGAGGUUCUGUUCCACGACGUCCGGUUAGACUAUCACACGCCGAUCAUCAGCCAACAGGGAGAAGUCGCUGGACGACUGCAGGUCGAGAUCAGCCGUACAUACGGGCAUUUCCCUCAGGACCGCAUGUGCGAGGCUGCGUCCGAGUCCUCGGCCAAUUCGACCUCGUCCGAGCCCGAGGAUUAUUCCGGCUCGAGUCACGUCACCUGCCGUGUCACGAUUAAACAGGCCACCGGCUUACCUCUGUCACUGAGCCAUUACGUGUUCUGCCAGUACAUGUUCUGCGGCCACCCGGAGCCGAUCGUGGUCCCAGCUGUGGACAACUCCGAGCAACUCAACUCGAACUGUCAGACCGGGCAGAGGGACUCUUUAGCGUUCAAGUUCGACCACACGAGUAACUUUGUUGUACCCGUCACGGAGGAGUUCAUGGAACACUGUGCUGAGGGUGCUUUGAGUAUAGAAGUAUGGGGCCACCGAAGCGCAGGUUUCUCUCGAAGCAAACCCGGCUGGGAGGUCGAGCAACAAUUGGCCAAAGCUAGAUCUCUGGCUGAUCGAUGGUCGGAGCUCACGCGGAAGAUCGAGCUAUGGGUUGAAAUUCAAGAACUGAACGAGCAGGGAGAGUACUCGCCGGUCGAGGUAUCCGUGAAGAGAAACACGUGGACAGGUUCUUUUAAUGAUGCGAACUCAUCAUUUUCCUCAGGCGGCACUUAUCAGCUGCGACAGGGGCAACAGCGGCGAAUACAAGUCCGCGUGAAACCAGUACAAAAUUCGGGAACACUGCCGAUUAUUUGUCAGUCGAUACUGAACAUUGCAGUUGGCAGCGUUUCUGUGAGGAAUAGGCUUCAGAUACCUUUGGACAGUUAUCAGGACGAAGACCUGAGCAUACUAAGGGAAAAAUGGAGCGAAGCCUUGAUGAAAAGGAGACAGUACUUGGAUCAGCAGAUACAGAAACUUAUUAAUAAGCAAGAUAAAACCGAACAGGAUAUAGAACGUGAACAAAGCCUCGUAGAUCAGUGGGUCAGUUUGACGGAAGAACGUAACGCUGUUCUGGUUCCUGCGGCAGGAUCAGGAAUACCUGGUGCACCUGCUGAUUGGAAUCCACCACCGGGCAUGGAACCACACAUACCUGUACUUUUCCUUGAUCUCAAUGCCGAUGAUCUCUCAACACACCAGUCCGGCGAAGAAGUCUCUGUGACUGGACUGAACUCGAUCUUACCCAAGGAACACGGGAAUAAGUUCUACAAUCUGCCGAUUAUACGACGCAUCGAAAAAGACGUCUGUGCCAUUGCUGCUUGGGACUCCAGUAUACACGACAAUAAACACUUGAACAAAAUCACAGAUCCGAACGAGAGGGUCUUUUUGAUCGUGAAGACGACAGUGCGGCUGUCGCAUCCGGCGCCGAUGGACCUUGUGCUGCGUAAACGACUGAACCUGAACAUUUACAAGAGGCAAAGCAUCAGGGACAAAAUAUUCAGGAAAAUAAUCGGUACCGACUGUGAGACCCAAACAGGCGUCACCUACGAGGUCGUGUCUAAUAUACCAAAGGCGAGCGAGGAACUGGAAGACCGUGAGAGCUUGGCGCAGAUCGCUGCCAGCGGAGAAGACAACAGUCUCUGCGAUGGCGAAACGUAUAUCGAAAAAUACACGCGCGGUGUCUCGGCGGUGGAAAGUAUCCUAACUCUAGACCGAUUACGACAAAACGUUGCGGUGAAGGAGUUGCUGCAAGCACAAGGCCAACCACUGAUGCGCAAGACAGCAAGUGUGCCCAACUUCUCGCAGUUCAUGAGAUCCGACACCUCGAUGGACUCCCUGAACGUCACGCGUUCCGAAAGCGUGACUGAUCUCAACAGCGAACUGAACGGGAUGUACUCUCGCCGCGCGUCCACCGGCCAUACUAGAAAUGACGAAAAUUUCGUGACCACACCAUCAAAACCAUUUGGAAUCGUACGCCAACAAAAAGGCUCCAUUCUGAACUCAGCGAGACCAACUUUCCUGAAUCUGAACCUGAAUCUCAACUCAUUGACACGUCUGCAACAAUCCACCUCUGCCAAGUCAUCACCGAACAUGGGGGGUAAUAAACUGGGUCGAAGGAUGACCACCUUGCACGAGGAAACGUCGAAUGUUGGUAAUCAGCUACCAUCGCCAAUCCACGACGAAGAUGAAGAGAAGAGCGACGCUGAUUACUCCGAGUACGAUUCCUAUCAGGCAACGGCGAAACCAGUAAAACCACUAACUUCUUCACGCACACUGGAUUCUCUCGCCGAACUUCAAUCGACGAAGAUCAACACGCCAAGCAUGAGCAGCAGUGGUUACGGUUCCCAAGCCGUGUCUACGACCAAUCUGACCUCCGAGGACUCGUUGUCGGUGAAGUCGAUCAGCGUGGACGAGACGCCGGACCUCGAGUAUCGGAAUCUAUUGGACGCGAAGAAGCCGGACCGUAUGGACAGCUCUUUGGUCGAGGAAACGCCGGAAGAGUACAUGGGCGAGGUGACCAAUACGUUGGACAAAUUGAACGUGAUGGGGAACAGCUGCACGGAGGAGCGUACCAGGAAAAAUCUGGAGGAAACUGGAGCCUAUGUGGACCAGGAUAUAGACAGUCCAGUCUCGUCGACGAAAAGUGACAGCGACGCUAAUACUAAUACCACGCAUUCGAAUAACGUUCAGAAGAAGGACACGACCAAUCAGGUUCUGAGCAAUCGAAGGAAAAGCGAUAUGGAAAUCAGUCAAACGUCGAAUUCCGGGGAGGAGAGUCCUUUCGAGGGUAGCUCGGUUGUUCACACGAAGCUACCACCUGGCAAGGUGGUGCGUCGAAGAAAAGCGUCCGCGACUACAGGAAGGCCUACCAGUUCUCAGCACAGGGCUUCAUUCCCCAUGAUCCGUCCACAUCUCUCGGAGAGCAAAGCUGCAGCGCGACUCGAACAAUCGAUGCAACCCAACAUGCCCUACGAAAACGGUGACAACAGCUCCUCUGAGCGAAUCGACGCAGAUGACGCAAGUGAUAAAAGUUCAGCUUUCGGUUCGAGACACGACUUCAGCAGAGUGGAAACACCACUCCCAGAGUGGGUGGUGGUUGGUGAAUCGGUGUUGGUUCGCCCACACCAUUACCCCGGCGUCAUAGCGUAUGUGGGCCCGACAGAGUUUGCUGCUGGGUCUUGGAUAGGUGUCGAGCUGGACGCCCCGACUGGUAAAAACGAUGGUGCUGUGAACGGCCAUAGGUACUUCACGUGUCGACCGAAGUGCGGAAUUUUCGUCAAAGUGGACAAACUAAUUCAAGACAAACGAGGCAGAGCACUUAGGAACUUCACUUUCACCCCUCCUCAGUCUGCACCGAUGCGCAGAAGCGUUAGCAGAGGCGAGGGUUUACAUUCCUUGCACCGAACUCGGAGCCGGGGCGAAGGUCUCUCAACAACAGGCACACGGUCCUCACCACGGGGCAAGUAAAAAACAAACAAACAAACAAAAAGCAAAAAA